AGACAGUUACAAAACAGAGAACAACAUGAAAACAUCGCUGUUAUUUUUCGCUGUAAUAUUACUAGCCCAAAAUGGGCAGAGUGCCAAUAUUUUAGGCGUAUUUCCCAUGGGGGCUAGUAGCCACUACAUUCUAGCCUCGAAACUGAUGUUGGGAUUGGCUGAAGCUGGGCACAAUAUCACUUUUAUUAGUCCAUAUGAGUUCAAAACUCAACCGAAGAAAGGUUCGAUAACAAAUUUGGUGUUGGAAGGUGCAGGAGAUGAGUUUCAAAAGGUACUCAAAGCAUCAAACUUGUUCGAGCAAAACAAACAAAACAGCUUGUUAGGCGUGAUCGACAUGAAUAGCAAGUUCUUACGUUCCGUAAAUAACACUUUAAAUGACAAAAAAGUCAACGAACUCUUAAAAUCCGACCAGAAAUUUGAUGCUGUCAUCAUGGAACAAUUCUCUAAUGACGCCUUAAAAGUAUUUGCUUAUUUAUAUGACUGCCCUUUGAUUAUACUGAAUAGUGUUGGACCUAAUAACUUAAUCAACCCUACAGUUGGCAACCCUGAGGAAAUAUCCUACAUCCCUAAUAUGCUGGUUAAAGCUAGCCAUAACAAAGUGAUGACUUUCUUUGAAAGAAUCAAAAAUCUGCUCGUUCAUGUUAUCUCCGUUCAAAUGAACAACUAUAUCUUUUUUCCACAACAAAACGAAGUGCUUCAUCGUAGAUUCCCAGAUGCUCCAGAAGUAACAGAUCUGUAUCUUAAUGCUUCCUUGGUGCUUCUAAACUCGCAUUCAAGCGUGUCUCCUGCACAACCUCUCGUACCAAACAUGGUAGAGAUUGGAGGAUACUUCAUUGACCCCCCUAAGAAGUUACCGAAAGAUUUGCAAGAGUUUUUGGAUAAUGCUAAGGAUGGUGCGAUCUAUUUUAGCAUGGGUUCGAAUUUGAGGAGUAAAGAUAUUACUGCGGAGAGGAAGAAGAUUAUUUUGAAGGUUUUGGGUGAAUUGAAGCAGAAAGUUAUUUGGAAAUUCGAGGAAGAGUUGCCUGGAAAGCCUGAUAAUAUACUUAUAAAAAGUUGGUUGCCUCAACAAGACAUUUUAGCACAUCCAAAUAUUAAACUCUUUGUAACGCACGGAGGACUUUUAAGUAUAACCGAAACAAUCUACCAUGGAGUACCCAUUCUUGCCAUUCCAAUCUUCGGCGACCAGCCCAUGAAUGCUGAAAUAGCCCAAUCCGCUGGGUAUGGUCUAAAACUGUCCUACACAGAAAAAGACUUCACAGAAGAGAAAUUUAGCCAUGCCCUUGACGAAAUCCUUUAUAAUCCCAAGUACAGGGAUACAGCUCAAAAGAUUUCGAAGCUUUUCCACGACAGACCAAUGAAACCUAUGGAUACUGCAGUUUAUUGGGUGGAUUAUGUUAUAAGAAAUAAAGGUGCGGGACAUUUGAGGGUAGGGAGCAUACACCAGAAGUGGUAUCAGUAUCAUUUGGUGGACAUGAUAUUAUUUUUAUUGCUCUCAUUAAUAGUAUUUGUAAACAUAGUUAAGUUUGUAUUAGUGAAGGUAUUUAAGGCUGUUAGAGAUAGAAUUAUAGGAAAAACUAAAGUAAAAGCUCAGUAGAUAAUA